GAAAUGGGCGAACCAAUCACGAGUGCUGUAACUGAACUCAUUCUGAAAGACUUGGCAAAACAAGUGAAUAGGCAUGCUCAAUAUGUUAUGCAAUUUGAAAGUCAGUUUGAAGAGAUGAAGAAAGAGCUGAAUCUCAUGCGUUGUUAUCUCGCUGAAGCAAAUAGUCUGAAAGGAAACAAUAAUUCUGUCAAGUCAAGCUUAUCUGAUAUUCAAGAACUAACUUAUGAAGCAGAUAACGUGAUCACGGAUUGCCAAAUUCGCGAAGAUUAUCUAAAGAUAAAAGGGAAUUCUUCUUGCUUGUUUCCAUCCCCAAGGGAAAUUUCUUUCAGAUACCAAACUGGAAAGAAACUGACAGAACUCAACAAGGAGAUAGCGAAGAUGCAUCAGAGGCUGAGGACUUUUGUUGGUCCAAUAACUGAACAAUCUAGAAGCGAGGAUAGCAGCAGCAGACGGACACGAUGGACCUCACACAUUUUUGACCAAUCUAAAAUUGUGGGGUUAUCAGAAAAUACAAGAAAAAUCAAAGAAUGGAUCCUCUCAAACAGCGAGUCAUCACAUCGUGUUGGCAUUGUUGGUAUGGGCAGUUUGGGUAAAACCACAAUCGCGCAAAAGGUUUACCACGACAGACAAGUGAAUGUGAGAUUUCAAAAGAAAGUUUGGGUUUCUGUAUCUCAAACUUAUGAUGAGCUGGCAAUCAUGAAGGGAAUUUUGAGACAGCUAAAUGUAGAUGAUAGUGUUACUGACAAAGGAGAGAUGCUUAACAGAAUUCUUGAAGCACUUUCACAUAAGUCAUACUUGAUUGUCAUGGAUGAUGUAUGGAGCAUUGAUGAUGGAUGGUGGGAUAGGAUCUCAAGGGGAUUACCCAAGUUUAUCGAGCACAAUAGUUGUAUUAUAAUCACAUCAAGAAAUGAGGAUGUUGUUAAGAGAAUGGGAGCCACAGAAACAAGAAUUCAUCGACCAAGAUUGCUUGAUGAUGAAGAGAGUUGGUCAUUGUUUUGCAAGUUUGCAUUUUUGUCAACUAAAGGGAAGUGUAAUGCUCAAUUGGAAGAUGUUGGGAGAGAGAUCGUGCGCAAAUGUUGUGGUCUUCCUCUAGCCAUCAAGACCACAGGUGGGGUGUUAUCAUCAAAACCACAUUCACUCGGGGAGUGGACGCGAAUAUAUGAAAACUUUCGAGAGAAAUUGGUACUGGAUAGUGAGAGCAAUAUAUCCGUAAUGGCAUCUUUGCAACUAAGUUAUGAUGAGCUUCCAACUCAUCUAAAGCAGUGCAUAUUGUGCUUCUCAAUCUAUCCAGAUGACCAUGAGAUUGAGGCGGAACAAUUGGUUCGUUGGUGGGUAGGGGAAGGAUUAGUCCGUGGCAAUGGCACAGAAACUGCAACAGAUGUAGCUUUUAGUUACUUGUCUGAACUGGUGAGUAGGUGCUUGGUUGAAGCUGCCCAAAGAAGAAACUUUGAUCGUAGAGUUUACAGUUGCAAAAUGCAUGACAUGGUUCGGGACAUGGUAAUCCUGGUUGCAGAAGAAGAGUCAUUUUGUAGCUUUAAAAGAGGCAGGAACAUAGCCACAGUUAACUCUAGGCACUUGGGGGUCACCAGAGAAACAACUUUUCAAUCCUUGGCUGGGAAUUCAAAGCUUACAACACUUCUUCUCACUACGACAAAUAUCAUCGGCUUCGACAGGAAAAUCGCUCUAGCUGAAAUCAAGACUCUCAGGGUCUUGGACCUGUCAUGUGUCAAGCUAGAAAACAUUUGUUUAGUCGAUCUAUGGAGCUGGAUCACAUCACUAAAGCGACUAGCUUAUUUAAAUCUUCGAGGUGUUGAUAAGUUGGACGAAAUUCCAGAUUCUGUUAGGAAGUUAUGGGGUCUCCAAAUACUGGUUCUUAGAGAAUGCCAGGAACUGAAAAAGCUACCAACAUCAAUCACAACACUUCCAAGAUUGGCAAUUCUUGAUGUUGGUAGCUUUUUCAGUUCCUGGCAUUCUCUAAGAACCAGUAUUUCUUUCUUGAACUAUAACAACUGA